AUGAAUCCAAACCUUCCCUCAAAUAGAAAUGAAGCAGAAAGAAGGUUGUUUAGCACUACCAGAAGACUGAAGAAGUUAAAUAAAUUUGAAAAUUAUGACCUUGUCUUUAAAGAAUGGCAGACAGAGAAUGUCAUACAGGAAGUCUCAAAAGAGGAAUUAGAAGGCGUAGGAGGCCACUACUUGUGUCACCAUACAGUUAUUAAGCCAGAGAGUGCCACUAAGUCUAUCAGACCAGUUUUUGACACCUCGUGCAAAGUUGGAAGAGCAUCAUCUCUAAAUGACUAUGUCUUCAAAGGACCAAACUUGUUCGAAGAAAUUCCAGCUAUAUUAUUGAGAUUUCGAGAAAGGGCUAUUGCUGUUGUAUUCGACAUUAGAAGAGCUUUCCUCCAAACUGAAGUUAAGGAAGAAGAAUUUUUGAGAUUUUUAUGGUGGAAGAAGACAUAUAAAAUUAAAGUCUACCAACAUAACAGAAUGUUAUUUGGAGCUACUUAUAGCCCUUUUUUUCAGCGCGGUUAUAAGGAACCAUUUGAACAAGUUUCCAGAAAUCAGAACAGUUACUGA